AUGGGUGAUGAAAGAACCUUGAAGGAAUUAGGAGCUCCUAAGCUAGAUGAUGAACCUCUCUGCAUUGUUUUUCCAACCUUGGAAAGACCUUUGAAGCUGAACUCAGGUUUUCUUAAUCUCCUUCCCAAAUUUUAUGGGAACGCAGGAUUGUUGCCUAACGAUAGGGGUAUGAUUGAUGCUGCUAGUGGUGGCGCAUUAGUAGACAAGACACCAACUCAGGCUAGGAAUUUAAUUGCUAACAUGGCCCAAAACACUCAACAACAUAGCACUAGAAAUGAUGUUAAAAGGGUAAAUGAAAUUGACUUAAGUGGUGUUAAAUCUCAAUUGCAAGAAAAUGCUCAACAAAUUGCUACUUUGACCACUUUAGUGUCUAAAAUUGUUGUUGGAAAUGAGUCUAAAGCUAGAGAGGCUUUUUCCAAUCAAAGAAAAUAUGAUCCUUACUCACAGACGUAUAAUGAAGGUUGGAAAGAUCACCCAAAUCUUAGGUAUGGAACUAGACCACAGUUUUCACAAACUAAUCAACCUAGACAAUUUGGUGUACAAAACCCUCCACCCCAAUCUUCUGGCCCAUCAUUAGAAGAUUUAGUGAAGCAAUUAACUACUCAAAUAGGUCAAGUUCACAACCAUGGAGUCGAGUAUCAAAAGAAAACUGAUAAUCACCUUCACCACAUAGAUACUCAAAUAGGACAAAUUUGUACUUCACUAAGUAACCUAGAAACUCAAUUUUCAGGUAAACUACCAUCUCAGCCGCUACCUAACCCAAAAGAAAAUGCCAAGGCCGUAACCCUUAGGAGUGGGAAAGAGUUGAGUGAACCUAAGGCAAAGAGUCGCGAGAUUGAAAGAGAGAUAGAGGUUAAACCUGACGAUGAACUUAAUAUAGGGGGAAAUGGAGAGAUUGAGAGUAUGAAAGACAAUGAAGGAAAGGGUAAGCUUAAUUCAGAAAUUGAUGUUUCUCGUUUUAAAGAUGUGCCCCCUUUCCCUUCCAGAUUUGCUAAAGCUAAGAAAGCUACUCUUGACAAUGAAAUUCUUGAGACUUUUAGAAAAGUUGAAGUCAAUAUUCCUUUACUUGAUGCUAUUAAACAGGUUCCCCGUUAUGCAAAGUUUCUUAAGGAACUUUGUACUAACAAAAGACAAUUUCAUCCUUCUGAAAAGGUAAGUAUGGGAGAGAAUAUUUCAGCUGUAAUUCAAAAGAAGCUUCCCCCAAAAUGUAAAGAUCCUGGCAUGUUUUCUAUUCCUUGCAAAAUUGGUAAUUCUAAAUUUGAAAGAUGCAUGCUAGAUUUAGGAGCUUCGAUUAAUGUGAUGCCCAAAUCUGUCUAUGAUACUUUAAAUGUGGGAUAUUUGUCUAAAACUGAUGUGGUUAUUCAGUUAGCUGAUAGGUCAAAUGCAUUUCCCAUUGGAGUGUUAGAAGAUGUACUGGUUCAAGUAAAUGAAUUAGUUUUUCCGGCUGAUUUUUAUGUUCUUGAUAUGGGUGAUAGAACCGAUAAUGUUCCUUUAUUGUUGGGAAGACCUUUCUUGAAAACUUCUAAGACUAAAAUUGAUGUUCAUCAGGGUAAUUUGACAAUGGAAUUUGAUGGUGAAAUAAUUAAGUUCAAUAUAUUCGAUGCUAUGAGAUACCCAAAUGAUGUCAAUAAUGUUAGUUCUAUUGAUUCCUUUGAUGCUUUUGAUUGGAUGGCUCAAGAAAUUUUUGAUCUGUGGUGUGAAAAAUUGUUUGAGACUGAUAAUUUUACUGAUAGCAAGGACACUGAAAUGCCUGUUUCUUUAGUAGAUAUGUCUGAGUAGCAAGUCUUGAUUCGC